AGACAAAGGUUCGUAAUCAUGCAAUGGUCACCAGGAGGAUGGCUUCAAAUAGAUUCUCCCCUCUUGGUUCCCCAUGAUUGGUCUUUUUUGGAACAUUCGUGGUGUACAUUCUUCUCUCCGUCGACUUCUUUAUCUUAUUAAAACUUAUAAGUUGCAAUUUCUUUCUAUUCUGGAACCGUUGGUGGAUGAUGAUCAGCUGGAAUGGUAUAAACUUAAGCUGGGUUUCUCCAAGGGUUUCUUUGCUUUAAAUAAUAAACUUUGGUUUCUUUGGAAGGAUGAUCUUUUAUCUCUCCAUACUGUUAUUGAAGAAACUCAAAUUCUUACAUGUGGUUUCAAGUAUGCAGCAUCUUCCUCCACUUUGUGGAUUUCAAGUGUGUAUGGCCUACAUAGUAGAGUUGAAAGGGAGGGGCUUUGGACCUCCCUUAGAUCGCUUGCCCCUAGGUCUGAGCCUUGGAUCAUUGGGGGAGAUUUUAAUACAGUUGUUUCUAUUACUGAGCAUAAGGGUGAAGUCUGUCCAGACCUUGGGAGUAUCAGAGAUUUUGCAAAUGCUAUCUCUGAUUGUGAACUUGUCUCUCCUCCUUUUUUGGGAAGUCAGUUUACUUGGACUGAUGGAUAUAACGAUUUCUUCUUCAGACAAGCUUGGGAUGUAGUUAAGAUUGAUGUGGUUAAGGCAGUGCAGGAGUUUUUCAUGGGUAUCCCCUUGCCCAAGGUUUUUGGAAGUACUUUAAUCACUCUUAUCCCUAAGGUGGAGGGUGCCAUUACUUUGGAUCAAUUUAGGCCUAUUUCCUUAUCCACCUUUUUCAGCAAGAUUUUGUCUCGAAUUUUGAGUGAUAGAUUGAAGAAAGUUCUCCCUUCUUUGAUCUCCCCAGAGCAGGCAGCUUUUCAAUCAGGCAGGAGUAUAAAUGAGCAUGUGCUUAUGGUGAAAGAGAUGGUGCAUCUGUUGUCCUCUAAUGCAAGAGGUGGGAAUUGUAUCAUUAAGUUAGACCUAUCCAAAGCUUUUGACAGGAUAUCCUGGAGGUAUUUAGAGCAUGUUUUACUUAGAUUUGGAUUUUCACAGAGGGUUAUUAAUCUUCUGUUGGGAAAUUUGAGAUCAACUUUCUUCUCAGUUUUGGUUAAUGGUCAGCCUAAAGGUUUCUUCCCUAUGAAAUGUGGAGUUAAGCAGGGUGAUCCACUGUCUCCUCUUCUUUUUAUUUUGGCCAUGGAGGGAUUUACCAGGUACUUACAUCAUCUGCAUCACACCAAAAAGUUGGCCCCUAGUCAUUUGCUUUAUGCAGAUGACAUAGUUGAUUGUAGAAAUCUUCUGAGAUUGAAAGCUGCUCUUUCUCACUUUGGGAAUGCUUCUGGUCAGGCUAUAAAUUUUAAUAAAAGCCAGGUGAUUGUCCAUGAUAAAAUGAGACAGGAGCACAAAGCCAAGAUUAGAAGCAUCCUUGGCAUCAGAUGUCAUACCAGGGAGUUCACAUACCUUGGUUCUGUCAUUGUUAAGGGAAAGCUCAGGAAGAUCCAUUGCCAAGGGUUGCUCCAGAAGUUUGAGAGGAGAAUUGCAGCUUGGUAUAGUAGAAAGCUAAAUCAGAUGGGGAGAUUGAUUUUGAUCAAACAUGUGUUGUCAUCCAUUCCUUUACAUAUUUUGGCUGUGCAAGAGAUUCCCAGGUCUAUUGUUAAGUGUCUUCAUAUGCUUAUGGCUAACUUUUUCUGGGGUGCUAGAGAUAUGGGACACAAAUACCAUUGGAGGAAGUGGGAGAAGCUUUGUUUCCCUUUGCUAGAGGGGGGUCUAGGGGUGAGGGAUCUUGGUAAUUGUCAAAGGGCUGCUGCUAUGGACUUGUGGUGGAAGAUCAAGGGAGAGUCAUAUGGUCUGAUGGUGUUUAUUCCUUUGGGAAGGUUUAUGCUCAGUCCUUUGAUCAUAAACCUAAGCAACUGUCUUGCUGUUAUAUUUGGGAUCAAAGGAAUAUUUACAAAGGAGAUCUCUGGCCUCUGGUGUACAUAUGCUGCAGCAGCUAAAGCUCCCAUUGCAGCCAGGCCUUGGACUUUCCAACAGCAGCUUCUCAGCUGGUGGUUCUCCUCGAAUAAAAACAGCUUUUUGGGCAAUGUUCACAAGAGAGGGUGUUAUGGCUGCUACAAACAAGCUUCUUCAACAAUGGUUUUGGGCUAAACGUUUGGAUUCCUCUUUGUUGUAUAAAUCUCAUGUGUUUAG